AUACGAAAGUACAUAAUGACUACCUGGAUACCUUUGGAAUCAAAUCCAGAUGUUAUGACAAAGGUAAAUGACCAUGACUUUCAAUUGUUGAUUCUACUCUUCGAUGUGUCCUUCAUAUGUAUCUUCUUGCAUAAACUAGGUGUACCAAAAGAAUGGAGCAUUAUUGAUGUCUAUGGGUUGGAACCAGACUUAUUAGCACUUGUACCCAAACCAGUUCUGGCAGUUAUAUUACUUUAUCCUUUAUCUAAAAAGGAUGAUAAACUAGAAGAUGUAGAAGAAGAUGUUAAAGAAAGUGAUAAAAUUCCUUCAGAACCAAAAGAUCCAGAUGUUUUUCACAUGAAACAAUGUAUUCAUAAUGCUUGUGGAACAAUUGCAUUAAUACAUAGUGUUGCAAAUAAUCUAGACAGCAUAAAUCUUCAGGAUGGUUUUCUAAAAACUUUCUUAGAGCAAUCAAAAAAUCUUUCUUUUGCGGAGUGUGGUGAAGUUUUAAUGUCUUCAUAUGAAAUUAGUGGUACGCAUAAAGAAUUGGCACAAGAAGGGCAGACAGAGGCACCAAGUGUGGAGACACCUGUGUACCAUCACUUUGUGGCAUUUAUACACAAAAAUGGAGUGUUAUAUGAAUUGGAUGGACGUAAACCUGCACCUAUUAAUCAUGGCUCAACUUGUCCCGAGAGAUUAUUAGAAGAUGCUGCACGUGUUUGUAAGGAAUAUAUGGCUCGUGAUCCGGAAGAAAUGUGCUUCACCGUCGUUGCUCUCAGUAAUAGUGAUGCAGAAGCACUAUAGCUCCAUAUCUAAUAUACUAUACAUUUUACGAUAAUUGUUCAAAUAAUUUAUUUUGCACUUUAUAUAUACAAUGUUUCUUUUUACCCCAUUUAAUAAUAUUUGCUUACUAUCGCAGUGCAACACGUGUAUUCAUGAAAAAUAAGUGUAUCCACAGAUGUUCAUCUCACUGUUUUAUAUAAAAUAAUCUUUAUCCUUAAAAUAAUAUAAACGUGGGAAGUAUCUCAAGCCAAAUAAAAAUUUAAUUCUAAUA